AAUCAACUAGAAAUCAAUCUUCAUUUUUUAAUUCAAUUCGGAAAUUAUCUAACUAUUUAUAGUACAAGUUAAAUAGUGAUCAUCAUCGCUUUAUUUUAUAAUAAACAUCAUAUGAUAACGCGUUUUUUCAAGUAAUUAUAUAAUAAUGAGUUUCAAAGGCUUCGCACAACUAGAAAACAUUUGUAAAACGACUUCGGAAGUGGCUGCGCUUAACUUUACGUCGCAUAAUGCACGUGUAGCUGCUCUCUUAAAACAUGAAGAGAGUAAAAAUUCGAUCCGUGAUGCUGCGCCUCACGAAAAGAAGUUAUUUACUCUGGUAGAUGAACUUGGAAAGAAGUCUCGGCAGGAAUUAGAACAACCUACUCCUUUGCGCGGUCCUGAUCUUGUAACAGUUGAUAAAUUGCUUCGAGCAGCCAACGUGCUAGCUCAAAUUUGCGAUCUUCAAGAUGCCAAAGAGAAAAUCGAAACAUUAGCACAGCAGCAUGAAGAAAUUACUUCUUCGAUAGAUAGUUUGGAAUCUAUUAAGGAAAAGCAAAGAAUAAAUCUAGAAAAGCUUAAAAUAAAGGCACAAGCGAGAACUUCGAACCGGUCAAAUGAUCAUCAAAUUGACCAAUCACAGAAUAUCGCAGAUGAAAUUCACUGUACUAAUAUGGAAAUAUUUGCGUUAGAAAUGGCAAAAUCCGAAUGCAUAAAUAGAAUUCAUUUGAUUGAAGACGAAUUAAAUAAUCAGAAAUGCCUAGAGGAAGAAGAAAAAGAAUUGAAUUGUCGUCUUGGAACGAUGGUAUUAUCAGAUGAACUCAAUGAUACUGAAGAAUCAGAAGAUUUAGAGUUAAAUCCAGAAAUACAAAUACGAUUACAAGAAAUUCAAUAUAAACAAGAAGAAUUGGCUAGAUUAGAUGAUCAACUCAAAGAAUUAGAUAACAAUAUACUGUUACAAGUUGAUGAUAGCGAAUUUGGCCGUUUAAAAUCAAAAUUCCAGUGCUUUUUAACGGGGGUAGAACCGAAAUCCAAUGAUCUGACGAAUGAAAAAUUUAGAGUUCAAACUAUUUUGUCAUCUUCAGCAUCGGUUCUCGAUAAAUUCGUGGAAGAUCAAGAAAAAUUAAAUACGUUGGAAUACGACAAUAUUAUCAUCAAGGACGUAAAUGAUAUAAUGAUUGAUAAUUGCGCAUCUGGACAUAAUCUAAACGAAAUAGAUACGGACGCAUUGAUUCCAAUUCCUUCACAACAAACAAAAUUAGGUGCGAUGGUUCUUCAAAUUAUUCGUGAUAUGGAUGAACUUACUUUUAGUGAACUCAAGAUUAAGAUAGGAGAAGCUGCACGUAAAGCUGAUUUAUCAGAAGAUCAAGGUGUUCGUGCCAUCUACACUUUACUUGCAAAUCAACUCAUAACCAUUGAUCGAUCAAAGGGAAGUUAUCAGCCUGUUCGAUCAGAUUUAAUCUUCUAAUAUAAGACUGAUCCACUGUGUUACUAUGAUUUUUUAUUAUCAUAUAACGUAAUAAAUGAAUUUCUAAUUGAGUUGCAUGAUUAUUUGCGAGACUAUCCCAAGACAAUUUCUUUGCGAUAAUCUUUUUUUAAAUUUUAAUUCCAUAUCACUGCAU